GUAUUGUUUUAGUUUGGCAACUUUUAAGAUCAUGUAAUUUGAAAAAAAAAGAAAGAAUUUGGGAGUGAAAGGGAAGAUAUAAAUGUUCAGUUUUAAUUAAUUAGUCUUCUGUCAGAUAAUUGAUAUCUAAAUCAGUGCACUAAUACCGUGAAAGAGCAUCAUAGACCAUGUGUUGAACUUAUUUAUCAUAUUAUACAUUAUCAGCUGUGCAAAUUUUCUUAUAGUUAAGCUUUGUGAUUUUUUUUUUUAUCAAUGCAUUUCAACCGGAAAGGAAUGACAGAAGUUUUGAGGACCGGGAGAGGACAUUGGAAGAGAUUAGAAUGGAGACGUGUACUCCUUGACAGUGAUAUCAAAGUUCUGCUAAACAAACAAACCCUGAGGUAUGGACAAAGUUUUGAAGCACAAAGCAGGUCUCAGAAUGUGAAAAGGAGCAAGACGGGGCAACCCGUGCAACAUUCAAGGUUUUAGAGUGUUGGUAUCCUUGGAUAAUUGUUUUCCAAACGUGAUUUAUUCUCAUCAUGAAUAUAGAUCUUAGGCUACCUUCAGGAGAGCAUGAUAAGGAAGAUGAAGAACCAAAUACAAUUGAUAACAUCUUGGAUGGUGAUGAGAAACUGCAUAAUGGAGAUAUAGAGGGUGAAAAUAUGGUUGAUGUUGGAGUUGAGGUACACGUUGAAGAUGGUGGAGAUUUGAAUUCUCCGUUGGUGGACAUGGUAGUGUUUAAGGAGGAUAUGAAUCUUGAGCCACUUUCUGGUAUGGAAUUUGAAUCUCACGGAGAAGCAUAUUCAUUUUAUCAAGAAUAUGCUCGGUCUAUGGGAUUCAACACUGCAAUACAAAAUAGCCGCCGUUCGAAGACUUCUAGGGAAUUUAUUGAUGCCAAAUUUGCUUGUUCUCGAUAUGGGACCAAGCGAGAGUAUGACAAAUCCUUCAAUCGACCACGCGCCAGACAGAACAAGCAAGAUUGCGAAAAUGCAACCGGGCGACGGUCAUGUGCAAAGACAGACUGCAAAGCAAGCAUGCAUGUGAAGAGAAGGCCAGAUGGAAAAUGGGUUAUACAUAGUUUUGUGAAGGAGCAUAACCAUGAGCUAUUACCAGCCCAGGCUGUAAGUGAACAAACAAGAAAAAUGUAUGCUGCAAUGGCUAGACAAUUUGCUGAAUACAAAAAUGUGGUUGGUCUCAAGAAUGACCCCAAAAAUCCAUUUGAUAAAGGUCGGAAUUUGGCAUUAGAGGCAGGAGAUGCUAAGAUUUUGCUCGAGUUUUUUACGCAGAUGCAAAAUAUGAAUUCUAACUUCUUUUAUGCAAUAGAUCUGGGAGAAGAUCAACGGCUGAAAAAUUUGUUCUGGGUUGAUGCCAAAAGUAGGCAUGACUAUGACACUUUCAGUGAUGUAGUGUCAUUUGAUACUACUUAUGUUAGAAACAAAUAUAAGAUGCCUCUUGCUCUAUUUGUUGGAGUGAAUCAACACUAUCAAUUCAUUUUGCUUGGAUGUGCUUUGAUAUCAGAUGAAAGCACAAUGACAUUUUCUUGGCUAAUGCGGAUGUGGCUGAAAGCAAUGGGUGGGCAAGCUCCAAAAGCAAUAAUCACUGACCAUGACAAAUCCUUGAAAUCAGCUGUUUCGGAGGUCUUUCCAGAUGCUCGCCAUACCUUUUGUUUGUGGCAUAUAUUGGGGAAGGUUUCUGAAAAUCUUGGCCAUGUAAUCAAACAGCAUGAAAAUUUUAUGCCAAAAUUUGAAAAAUGCAUCUACAAGUCAUGGACAAAUGAAGAGUUUGAAAAAAGGUGGUGGAAAAUUCUUGAUAGAUUUGAGCUCAAAGAGGAUGAAUGGAUGCAGUCAGUAUAUGAAGAUCGUAAACUAUGGGUGCCGACAUACAUGAAGGAUGUUUGUUUGGCUGGGAUGUCUACAACUCAGCGAUCAGAGAGUGUAAAUUCCUAUUUUGAUAAGUAUGUGCAUAAGAAGACAGCUGUACAGGAAUUUGUGAAACAGUAUGAAUCAAUUCUACAGGAUCGGUAUGAAGAGGAAGCUAAAGCAGAUUCUGAUACAUGGAACAAACAGCCUGCAUUAAAAUCCCCUUCCCCUUUAGAGAAGAGUGUUGCAGGGGUGUACACACAUGCAGUGUUCAAGAAAUUUCAGGUUGAGCUGCUAGGUGUAGUUGCUUGUCAUCCUAAAAUAGAAAUACAAGAAGAGACAAGCUUUACUUACCGAGUUCAAGAAUUUGAAAGGAGCCAAGACUUCAUUGUUAUAUGGAACAAAAUGAAAUCAGAAAUUUCUUGUAUAUGCCGGUUAUAUGAAUACAAAGGUUAUCUUUGCAGACAUGCAAUGAUUGUUCUUCAACUCUGUGGCCUUCCUGCCAUCCCAUCUCAAUAUGUUUUGAAACGGUGGAUGAAAGAUGCUAAGAGCAGGGAUUUCUUGGGAGAAGAAUCGGAACUGGUGCAAUCUAGGGUGCAACGAUACAACGAUUUAUGUCAAAGGGCGGCAAAACUGAGUGAAGAGGGAUCUCUUUCUCAGGAGAGUUACAGUUUUGCAAUACGUGCACUGGAUGAAGCUUUUGGAAGCUGUGUGAGUAUGAAUACUUCUGGCAAGAGCCUUAUAGAAGCUGGCACGUCAGACACUCAUGGUCUACUCUGCAUUGAAGAAGAUAACCAAAGUAGAAGCACAGGGAAGACAAAUAAAAAAAAGAAUCCGACCAAGAAAAGAAAGGUGAACUCUGAAUCAGAUGUUAUUACUGUCGGGGCACAAGACAGCUUGCAGCAAAUGGACAAAUUAAGCUCAAGAGCAGUAACCCUUGACAGCUACUAUGGCACACAACAGAGCAUGCAAGGAAUGGUACAACUGAACUUAAUGGCACCAACACGGGAUAAUUACUAUGGGAAUCAACAGACCAUUCAGGGGCUGGGACAAUUAAACUCAAUAGCACCAAGCCAUGAUGGUUAUUACAGUGCUCCUCCGCAAAGCAUGCAUGGGCUGGGACAGAUGGAUUUCUUCCGAACACCAACUGGUUUCACUUACAUCCGAGAUGAUCCUAAUGUAAGAGCUGCACAGUUGCAUGAUGAUGCAUCAAGACAUGCAUGAGAAGCACCUUUCUCGUUAUGAAGGGCCAGGCAGAAACAAUGUAUUGAAGGUAGUGUCUCUUGAAGAAUGAAAUGUAUCAUGCCUUGUCGAUGGAAGGAUUAGGGCAGAGGAAUGCUUCCUGUGUUAUGUAAAAUAAGAUAAGAUGGAGUAGGCUGUUAUUUAUCUUCACCAUCUCUUUUUUAAUAGAAUUUCCCUCAGAGUUGGAACAGAUUUGAGGUAGGAUUGUAUCUCUUGUAAAGGUUGUUGUAUUAUUGUAUCUCAAGAUCGUCAAAUCUAGAUAGGGAGGAGUUGAAAUCAGUAAAACCUACUCCAAGUUCGUCACCGCUGGCUAAUAUGCCGUCUAUGUAAUCUGUAGUCCACAAAUGCUAACAGGAGCAAGAAUGUCGAAAUUAGUUCACUUUGAUGUACCA